UUGUUUAAAAUAACUGCAGCUUUCUAAGUGAAACUUUUAUUUUUGAAGCAUUAAGCGGAAGUUUUCCUCGUUUUUAUUCCGGAGGGUUGACCCUUGUGUCUCGCUGGCCAGUCAGCCCGAGCAAACCCACCGCUGCUGCUUGCAGAGGAACACACACACACCGCCACACAUACACAUAGGCUACACAAGGUACAUUUCGGACGCCUCUCCCCGGUGGUAGAGGACUCUCGGUCGGGCCGCGGAGGGGGGUCGGGACAUCGCUUCGGUUCUACCCGGGAGUCGGUGUAUUUCUUUUCCCGGACGCAGAGCGCUCUGAUCGGCCAGCGAUGCGGGAGCAGCUUCGGAACCACCAGACCCAGACAACAUGCUGGGAUCAUCCCAAGAUGGCCGAGCUCUACCAGUCUCUGGCCGACCUGAACAAUGUUCGAUUCUCGGCCUACCGAACAGCCAUGAAGCUCAGACGCCUGCAGAAGGCUCUCUGCUUGGACCUGCUGAGCAUGCCGAUGGCGUGUGAGGUGUUCGACCAGCAUGGUCUGAAGCAGAACGAGCAGCUGCUGGACAUCUCCCUGCUGGUCACCUGUCUGACCAGCUUGUACCAGCGGCUGGAGCAGAGCCACUCUCACCUGGUCAACGUCCCGCUGUGCGUGGACAUGUGCCUCAACUGGCUGCUCAACGUCUACGACACUGGUCGCACCGGAAAGAUCCGAACUCUGUCAUUCAAAACUGGAAUCAUCUCACUGUGCAAGGCUCACCUGGAGGAUAAAUACAGAUUCUUGUUCAGGCAAGUUGCCAGUGCAACAGGUUUCUGCGACCAGCGUCGUCUGGGUCUCCUCCUCCACGAUUCCAUCCAGAUCCCCCGGCAGCUCGGUGAGGUCGCCUCCUUCGGCGGCUCUAACAUCGAGCCCUCCGUCCGCAGCUGCUUCCAGUUUGCCAACAACAAACCUGAGCUGGAAGCCGCCAUGUUCCUAGACUGGAUGCGCCUGGAGCCCCAGUCCAUGGUGUGGCUACCCGUCCUGCACCGCGUCGCCGCCGCCGAGACCGCCAAGCACCAGGCCAAGUGCAACAUCUGCAAGGAGUGUCCCAUCAUAGGAUUCAGAUAUCGGAGUCUGAAACAUUUCAACUAUGACAUUUGCCAAAGCUGCUUCUUCUCCGGUCGCGUCGCCAAGGGACACAAGAUGCAGUACCCCAUGGUCGAAUACUGCACUCCGACUACAUCGGGGGAGGAUGUCAGGGACUUUGCCAAGGUGCUGAAGAACAAAUUCAGGACUAAGCGCUACUUCGCCAAACACCCACGCAUGGGCUACCUGCCCGUCCAGACCAUCUUGGAGGGGGACAACAUGGAAACUCCUGUCACUCUGAUCAACUUCUGGCCCGUAGACCAUGCGCCUGGAUCGUCCCCUCAGCUCUCGCAUGACGACACGCACACUCGGAUCGAGCACUACGCCAACCGGUUAGCAGAAAUGGAGAAUCGUAAUGGCUCUUAUCUGAAUGACAGUAUCUCACCCAAUGAGAGCAUCGAUGACGAGCACAUGUUGAUCCAGCACUACUGCCAGUCUCUGAACCAAGGCUCUCCUCUCAGCCAGCCCCGUAGCCCUGCCCAGAUCCUCAUCUCCAUGGAAACGGAGGAGAAGGGAGAGCUGGAGAGGGUCCUCAAUGACCUGGAACAAGAGAAUAGGAAGCUGCAGUCCGAGUACGACCGCCUGAAGAAGGCCCACGACAGAAAGGGCCUGUCCCCGCUGCCGUCGCCCCCGGAAAUGCUCCCGGUGUCACCGCAGAGUGCGCGCGACGCCGAGCUUAUCGCCGAGGCUAAACUACUGCGGCAGCACAAAGGACGUCUGGAGGCCCGUAUGCAGAUACUGGAGGACCACAACAAACAGCUGGAGUCCCAACUGCACAGGCUCAGACAGCUGCUGGAGCAGACGGAUUCCAAGGUGAACGGCACAGCACUGUCCUCUCCUUCCACCUCCUCUCAGCGCUCCGACUCCUCCCUCCCACUGCUACGUGUGGCUGCUAGCCAGACUACUGAUACAAUGGGUGAUGACGAGCUAUCCAGCCCUUCCCAAGAUGCAUCUGGGUUGGAGGAAGUGAUGGAACAGCUAAAUAAUUCUUUUCCACAUAGCCAGGGUCCCAGUAUUGGCAGUUUGUUCCACAUGGCCGAUGAUCUGGGCCGGGCCAUGGAGUCACUGGUCAGCGUGAUGACGGACGAGCAGAGUGCCGAACAGCACGAGGCCCUGCCCUUCUGACGACCCCCCCCCCCCUCCAAAUCUUCAUCCCCGGCGGCCUCCCUCUCCUCCCCUCCCUAGCGCAUGCUUUUCUAGUCAUAUCAACUGGAUUGGAAACACAGUUUACAAAGAGAAUAUAUAACGUCUAUUUUUGUGAAGGAUUGCGGUUCCAGCAACGACGCGUAAAAAUACAAACAAAAGAAAAACAUGUAGAUUUCAGUAGUUUCUUGAAGUUGUUUUAUUAAUAACAGAGUUCGGUUUUUAAACUUCUAUGCAAUGUAUAAAACAAGUAUGGGUAAGGGGGGGGCAAAGAGAGAUGAGAUACAAAUAAGUGCGGUCGAAUAUUUGCCAUCUCUUUGUAAUUGCGGACACAGCUAAAGCAUUUCAGACAUUUGUAUCAAAAAAAGGAAUGAUUGUAAUCAUAAGGGUGCUUUCUAAGAGUAAAAUGUCUUUCUAAAACAGCGUACACUACUGUCAAGGUAAUGCAGGCAUCCUGGAUCUUUACAGUACGUUGUCUCUUGUCUCUCUCUCUCUCUCUGUGUGUGUGUGUGUGUGUGUGUGUGUGUGUGUGUGUGUGUGU